GCUGAGCGGAGGAAGAGCAAAAGGCAUCCUCGGGUGGAAAAGAGAGAAUGGACCGGGCGAGCGCAGGGAGCUGGCGCGGGGCUCGUGCCGCGCGCGCCGGGCUGAGGAGUUGCUGCUGCUACUGCUGGGACGCAGUUGGAACUAGCGCGCGCCGCCUCCGCGCCGAGCCGAGUUGAGCCGAGCUGCAGCCGCUGCUUUCCUUUCUCCGCCUCGAGCCGCACUUGCUUUUGGCCGAAGGGGCCUCGCUUUGCUCCUCGCCGUCGGUCCGCGCCGCCGCUUGCCGAGGCAGGCGAAAGCGAGCGGGUUUUGCCCUUUUGCAACCCCGCCGCCCCCUCUAGAGCGCCUUCUUCCCCGGCGCCUCGGCUCGGGCCAAGAAGAAAGGAAGCACCCUCCUUGGGGCUGGGGGCGGUUUUGGCCUCGUCCCCUCCCUUCCUCUUGGGCUGCUGCUGCUGCCUCUUUUUUUUCUCCUGAGGGUGGGAGGGGAGACGAGGAAGAGCCCCGGCGAGGCGAGGGAAGCCAGAAGCUCGCAGCCCGCCCGCCCGCCCGCCCUGGGUGUGGGGAAAGGAGCCAUGCGAGAAUACAAAGUCGUCGUGCUGGGCUCGGGCGGGGUGGGCAAGUCGGCGCUCACCGUCCAGUUCGUGACGGGCUCCUUCAUCGAGAAGUACGACCCCACCAUCGAGGACUUCUACCGCAAGGAGAUCGAGGUGGACUCCUCGCCUUCGGUGCUGGAGAUCCUGGACACGGCCGGCACCGAGCAGUUCGCCUCCAUGCGGGACUUGUACAUCAAGAACGGGCAAGGCUUCAUCCUGGUCUACAGCCUGGUCAACCAGCAGAGCUUCCAGGACAUCAAGCCCAUGCGGGACCAGAUCAUCCGGGUCAAGAGGUACGAGAAGGUGCCCAUGAUCCUGGUGGGCAACAAGGUGGACCUGGAGGGCGAGCGGGAGGUCUCCUUCGGGGAAGGCAAAGCGCUGGCCGAGGAGUGGAGCUGCCCCUUCAUGGAAACUUCGGCCAAAAACAAAGCCUCGGUGGAUGAACUCUUUGCCGAGAUCGUCCGGCAGAUGAACUACGCUUCCCAGCCCAACGGGGACGAUCAGUGCUGCUCUUCUUGUGUCAUUCUCUGAAAGGAGGAGAAGACGCACGCAGAGGGGUCGUCGUAGAUGGUGGUUUCCUUUUGAAAUACAGAAAUAAAGGUUUACAGAGGGGGAAGAAGACGACAAAAUCCGGCCGCGCAACAAAGGCGGCGUUGGCGACCAGUGUCAUCCUGUGAAAAUCCAAGCUUUGAACCAAUUUCGCAUCUCCGCCAGGAUUCCUUCUAGGUUACGGCUUCUGUUGCUGCUGCGGGUGGUUAUCAGUGUCAUGGGUGUGCAUCGUCUCUCGUUAACAUCUGGCCAAAAACAACACCAAACACAAACACGUACCCAACCUUGUUGGCGCUUUCCGCAUGUACAUGCCAUCGAUUUGAUUGUUGCUUAUUCCUUGUAAGUACCUCUUUUGCAGAUGGCUGUGUUGGCAACUGAUAACCGGUAGGAAGAGUUUUGUAUGUGUGUGUUUUUGCCAGCCGGUGUGCUCCUUUGCAGCAGGGGAAAGAAAAAAAACAGGGAGUUCACUAAAUUGCUUUAAGGAAAAAAAACUGGAAGAUUUAACACACACACACAGAGACACCUAUAAGAAAGGAAGGGGAACGGUGGAGGAGAGAAUGUUUUGUACAUGUGGGGGAAAGGUCAAGAUCCUCCGUUUUGUCAGUCCAGACUCAGCCAGGGACUAGGAAAUUUGAUUCUGAGGAUUUCUAUGCAAAGUUGGAAUACUUGUUACCAAGCCCAUCCCAUCUGAAGAAGUAUUGCACAUGUACGGCCUGGGACUUUGAAUAACACUGCUGAUGCCAAUACGGUGUGUGAGGUGCCAGAAAAAAAAGUGUCUGCUGAUUUUACUUGUGAAAUCUAUUUUGUUUACCUGCUGUAUGAGGAAGAGGGGGAUGGAGCGCAUUUAUUUGUGGUUUUGAUUUUUUUUUUUUAAAAAAAAAAUUCAACUGUGAAAAACAUUACAGAUCUGCACAAUUUUUAAGUUGUGUGUGUUUUGGACGGGUUGGAUUGGAGUGGGAGGGGAGGGCAAUGUGGGGGGGAGAUGGUUUGUCUAAUUUAAUUUGGGGGGGGAGCGGGUGGCAAUCACUGAUUGUGACAACUAGCUCUCUAAAGUUACAAAGACUUCCUAAAAUGUGAUGCAGGGCCCAGCAGCAACCCUGUGUCAGUAGAGUGCCUUCAAGACAGCUGUUGCAGCCGGUGCCAGCCUGUGGAAGCUCCAAGUGUCCCAUUAUCUACUUCAAAAAACCCUGCUUCACAGUUUCCUUUCAGUAAUCAUAGUGACCAAGCCAGAACAAAAGGGCCUAUUGUUAAUGAAAUUAAUUUCCUAUUUUCCAUUUAGAGCUUUUUUAUUCAGUACAGCUUCCAUGGCUUUCAAGUUCAGUCUGGUUUUUUUAAGGGUUUGUUUUACGGUAAUUCAAGUUCCCAGGUAGUAGCAUUUUUUUUUUCAUUUUUGUGUUCUCUUGUAAGAUGUUCCUUCAGCCAGCAAUGGAAACAGUUGUAAUGUGAUGUACCUGGAAAACAAAAUCUCUCUAACUGUAAUUUGAAAUUCCAGACAUUCAUUUAAUAGAUGUUUUAUUCAUUUAAAAUCUUUUAAUACAGUUUUCAUUUUUCAAAAAUG